CACUUUUUAUUGCCAUUUAUUUUCCCCAACUCCUACUCUCUUUUCGGCCAAGUGUCCUCGUCGCUCCCUUCCUCCCUUCUAUACGUCCUUUCUGCACGCUCCCUCGCGGCCUUUUUUCCCGCCCGCCUGCGUAUUUAACUUCGCUUAAAAAAAAAAACCCGGAAUGUUUUCGUCAGCCACUUGAACCUCCUCGCGUGGAUUUCCACGCACUUGGUCCGUGCCGAGUGCUCCAGGGAAAAAGUAAUGGACCGCGGCCGCACCCCCAGAUGUGGUCCUGCAUGGGCGUUGAUGCGGUGAUGGACCGCAGUGAAAUGUGAGCUUUGGGGAUGUUUGACACAAGACACGUUAGCAGGCCGGGGAUGAAGACACGUUAGCAGGCCGGGGACGAAGACACGUUAGCAGGCCGCGGCAGAUGUUGCAGCUGCGGGGCAACAAGAGGACGCGACGCCGAGGAAAGGAGACGCCAAGACGUUAUGGCUCAAGAUGUCUGGGGAUUGUAAUCGCUCCUGUGUGCUGGUGUCGCCACGAGACUCCAGGAUUUCCUGCGUCUUCCAAACAGCGGACGAGAAGGAUGACGUCCCGGCGGUGGGAGAGGAGAGCGUUUUGGAGAUGCUGAGCUGCUCCAAGUUCUCCGACCUGGAGACAUGGCUGUGCAUGCCGUCCUCCAUGCUGCUGCCCAGACUCCUGGACUCCACACGCACCUCCUCGUCCUCCUCCUCCAACUGCCGCCAGUCCACAUGCAGCGACGCAGACACGCCGGACAGGUCGCCAGAGAGGGAGGCCGCCUUCCUCACCCCCGCCCUGGGCAAGGAGACGCCCUUCCUGGCCACGCCCCUCCUGCCCAUCCUCUCCUCCACUCCCGCUGCCGUGGCGCUCAUGUCGCCGGGAGACUCCGCCUCCCGAGGCGGGGUCAGCAUCAGGAAGCGGCGGCGCCUCGCCGCCAGUCCCGGGGGACUUCACUGGAAGUCUGCAGUUUCAGUGCAGAGGGACUUCUGGUCAGCCGACCCCGGCGUAGGCGUGGAAGAAGGGGGCGCAGGUGAGCCGGCCAAGCCCCGCCUCCCGGCCCGGGGAGGCGGGGCUUCGCAGGCCUGGGUCGGCCACCGGGCGGCGGUGAGGAAAACGGUUUCGGUGGACGACCAGCUGCUGCAGCCGGCGGGCAGAGAGCAGCGCCACCUGAAGCUGCUGAGCAGACUGGAGAGAGGAAGGAAGAAGCUGCGUAACGUCCAUGUGAGUCCACAUCCAACUGCAUGAAA